AUAUACAGAGAGGAAGAGAAACAGAGGAAGAUCCUCCGUCCACUGACUCACUCCCCAAGUGGCUGCAACGGCUGGAGCUGAACUGAUCCGAAGCCAGGAGCUGGGAGCCUCUUCCAGGUCUUCCACAAAGGUGGCAAUAAAUCCGUCAGCACGUCCACUUCCAGAGAGCAGAGUUCUCCAGGCUUCCCAGCAGCCCGAGCCUCUCACCAAGGACAGGAGGCUGCCAGUGAAUCUCACCCAACUCUUCUUAGAGCCUCAGUACGGCUGCAGAAGACGAGUAUCUGCCACAAAACUCUCCCAGGAAGCCAGUGGGGAAGACAUCCACAGCCCCUCCCUCACUAUGCUCCGUGCUGUUCUGGGCGCACCCCAGAGGCUGCUCGGGGACGAGAGGGCAUCCCGGCGGCUGGUGCUGGUGGUGGUGUUUGUGGCCCUGCUGCUGGACAACAUGCUUCUUACCGUGGUGGUGCCCAUUGUGCCCACCUUCCUGUAUGCCGUGGAGUUCCAAGGGGUCAACUCUACCUCCCCGCCCCCUAGCCGGGCUCGCUCCACUCCCACCAUUUCCACCACCUUCUCUUUCUUCAACAAUUCCACCGUGGCUCUUGAAGGGAGCGUACCUUGGACGAUGGUGUGGACAGAUGGCACUGCUGUCACCAGCCCGGCUCCCAUCCCUGUGUCCUCGGCUCACAACAGCAGCUGUUGGCAAGGCACGGAGUUCCUGGAAGAAGAAAAUGUCCGAGUUGGGAUUCUGUUUGCAUCGAAGGCGCUGAUGCAACUUUUGGUCAAUCCAUUCGUGGGUCCGCUCACCAACAGGAUUGGCUAUCACAUUCCCAUGUUUGCUGGCUUUGUGAUCAUGUUUCUCUCCACAGUUAUGUUUGCGUUCUCUGGCACCUACGCCUUGCUGUUGGUGGCCCGGACUCUUCAAGGCCUUGGAUCUUCAUUUUCAUCUGUUGCGGGACUUGGUAUGCUGGCCAGUGUUUACACUGAUGACCAUGAGAGAGGACAAGUCAUGGGGAUCGCCCUGGGUGGCCUGGCUUUGGGAGUGCUAGCGGGGGCUCCCUUUGGAAGUGUGAUGUAUGAGUUCGUUGGGAAGUCAGCUCCCUUCCUCGUCCUGGCCCUGCUGGCGCUUCUGAAUGGAGCUCUUCAGCUGUGCAUCCUGCAUCCUUCCAGAGUCUCCCCCGAGAGUGCCAAGGGGACUCCGCUCCUCACGCUUCUCCGAGACCCUUACAUCCUAGUAGCUGCGGGCUCCAUCUGCUUUGCCAACAUGGGCGUGGCCAUGCUGGAACCCACAUUGCCCAUCUGGAUGAUGCAGACCAUGUGUUCCCCUGAGUGGCAGCUGGGUCUGGCUUUCCUGCCUGCCAGCGUGUCCUACCUCAUUGGCACCAACCUCUUUGGCGUGUUGGCCAACAAGAUGGGUCGGUGGCUGUGCUCCUUGAUUGGGAUGGUGGUAGUAGGAGUCAGUUUGCUUUGUGUUCCUCUGGCUCUGAAUAUUUUUGGUCUCAUUGGCCCCAACGCAGGGCUUGGCUUCGCCAUAGGCAUGGUGGACUCGUCGCUGAUGCCCAUCAUGGGCCAGCUGGUAGACCUACGCCACAGCCCGGCGUAUGGGAGUGUGUAUGCCAUCGCCGACGUGGCCUUUUGCUUGGGCUUUGCCGUUGGCCCGUCCACUGGGGGCGCCAUCGUGCGGGCCAUAGGUUUCCCUUGGCUCAUGGUCCUGAUUGGGGUCAUCAACCUCGCCUAUGCCCCGCUCUGCUGCUGCCUGCGGAGCCCCCCGGCCAGGGAGGAGAAGCUGGCCAUCCUGGACCGGGGCUGCCCUAUGGACACGCACAUGUGGACCACCCAGAGACCCCAAAACGCACUUCCUCUGGGGGAAGAGGACAGUGAGGAGUAGCUCCAUGCAGACGGUGGACCCUGAGCCCCAAGGACCUCCAUGACCCUGGCUUCUC